UGACACACAACAAGCACCAAAUUUAACAGAGCAAUGGCUUCCAAGGCAGCUGCAAUGAUGCUCUUCUUCUUGCUGGCUUGCUUCCUAUCUGCCACUUCCACCCAGGCUGCAGCCAGUUUUCAUCACAAGUCCAAGACUCACGCUCCAUCCAAGGUCCUUCCAGCUCCUGCUCACGCUCCAAUGGCGAUGGCUCCUUCGUCUCAUGAACACCAUCACCAUGUCCUUCCUCCACACAAGUCUGAAGAACACCACCACCAUCGCCAUCAUCAUCACCAUGCGCCAGAGGAGGCACCUGUUAAUCACCACGCUCAUUCGGAGAAGGCUGAGCACCACCACCACCACCACGUCUACGCUCCAGAGAUGGCACCAGCUCCAAAGGAGUCUAAGCACCAUCAUCGUCAUCAUCACCACGGCCUUGCUCCGGCUCCGGCGCCUAGGAAGUUCCUUUCUUUUUUUUGGUAGAGCGAGGCUUUUAAGUGCUGUUGUUACAUGAUGAUCAAUGAUAUGAUCUGGUGGAAGACUUUGUUGCUGUGGUUUUAGGGAAACAAUAAAUUAAGAACUUAGAAAUACUGAUUGCCUUUGUGUCAGUUGGUUGGUCACAUACUGUCCUGUUUAUUCAGGAUAGGUUUGUUUGGUCGUUUUUUCUUAUGUUAGAGAGUCUGUGACUGUGAUCAGGUAGUGAUCGUGGCUCGUGUCUGUGUAAGGAACACUACUGCUUAUCAUGGUGUUUAUCAAAGUGACAUGAGUAAUAAUCAUUAAUCAUCAAGACCUUUAUCAUGGUCAAUUUCCUUGUUGAAUAUGGUACAAUUAUGGACACAAACAGGGCAGUGAUGGCGUAGGAAAGAACAAUAUAGAUGUUAUAAUGAU